AUGCCUCCCUCGGAAGAAAAGGACCCAUCUGCUUUCCCAGACGUCCCCAACAGCGUCCAGGAUAAACCAGUGGAGACCAGAGGCUGGAAACGUCAUGCCAAAUAUGUGGGAGGACAGAUGCGCGGAGGUCCUACACCUUAUCUCGGACUGCCAGCCCGACUAUCGCAGGUCUGGUUCAAUCGAUGGACCAUUCUCCUGCUUCUGGUCCUUGCCAGAGUACUCAUCAUGCUGGCGGGUCUGAACGAAAACCUCGGUGACGCCAAGGUCAAGGCUCUAACGGCGUGUACGAAAGUAGAGGACAUUGGAAGUGCCAUGGCCUCUAUGCCUCAUUACUUGUCCGUCGGAGUCAACUCCCUUACCGCAAGUGGUAUCACACAUGCAGUCCAUGGCAUGAUGUCCGUCUUGAACAUGGUCCUCACCGGCGUCGAGCAACUCAUCUUGUUUGUCAUCCACAUGAUGACCGACACGUACAUGUGCUUGAUCGCAAUGGCAGUACACGGAGGAUUGAACGUCUCCGCUUUUGUCGUGGAGAAGGUUACGGAUGGAAUGAACAGCGUCGUUCAUGGCGUCGCCGAUGACAUCGGAACUAUAGCCGACGGUGUGUCGAAAGCCAUCGACGAGGCCUGGGAUCUCAUCGAUGCUGCCACUUCUGCUAUUGGUGUCACACCGACCAAGCCGGAUUUGGACCUCUCGAAGGACAUCGACAAGUUGAAGAACGUCAAAAUCGAUACGUCAGGCUUCGUUGCGGACCUCACGCAUCUUGAAGAGGAUUUACCAACUUUCGACGAUGUGCGCGACUUCACCAACAACGCCGUGUCCAUCCCCUUCGACUUGGUCAAGCAGGCUCUCAACAAAUCCUACGGCAACUGGGAGUUCGACCAAUCCGUCUUUCCCGUGGCGCAGAAGGAAGCGCUUUCGUUCUGCUCCGACAAUUCGGUCAUCAACGACUUCUUCGAACGCCUGUUCGAGCUUGCCGCCAAGGCUAAGACCGCCUUCAUUGUCAUAUUGUCAGUUCUCGCCGUCCUUGCCUGCAUUCCCAUGGCCUACUGGGAGAUUCGACGCUGGCGCGCCAUGGAAAAUUACCAGGAUUUGUUCCACAAACGUGCAUCCGACGAAUAUGACCUCUAUCUGAUGUCCUCGCGCCCUCUGACAUCGAAGAUCGGUCUCAAGUUCACAAGCAAAAUCAUGAACCCACAGCGGGAGAGACUGGUUCGAUGGAGUAUAGCCUACGGGACGUCACUGCCAGCCCUCUUCGUCCUAUCCCUUGCCAUCGCUGGCUUCUUCUCAUGUUUCUGCCAAUGGAUUCUCCUAAGGGGGAUCGAGAAGGAGGUGCCUGAGCUUGCCAACCAGGUCGGGGACUUCGCCGGUCAAGUUGUCACCACUUUGGAGAAUGUUUCUGUGGACUGGGCCAAUGACGCCAACGGUGUCAUCACCUCAUUCAGCGACGAUAUCAACAACGAUGUUUUGGGCUACGUGACGAAUGCCACAGACGCCGUCAACGACACCUUGAACACAUUCACCCAAGAGAUGGAUCGAGGUCUAACCGCUGUCUUCAACGGUACCAUUCUGGAGAACCCAAUCAAGGAUGUGGUUCGUUGUUUGGUUGGCCUGAAGAUCGAGUCUGUGCAAAAGGGCCUGACCUGGGUUCACGACCACGCCAAAGUUACUUUACCGUUGUUCGCGAACGACACCUUCUCGGUCGGUGCGCAGAAGUCGAUAUCAGGAGACUCGGACCUCACGUCGUUCCUCGCCUCACCAAGCAGUGUGACCACCGACGAGGUCACCGGCGCCGUCACCCACGUCACCACUGCGCUACGGAACAACAUCAUUCAAGAGGCGCUCAUAUCCACUGGCCUUCUCCUCGUCUACGUCCUCGUCGUCUUGAUGGGCAUAAUCCGCAUGCUGGUAGCCUUGCCAACGGCGAAGGGAGAACCGGAGCUCACGGGCGGCACCCAAUUUGCCCAUGACCAAUAUGCAAUGAGGCAAAUUCGGCGGUCCAGAAGUGCGGGCCCACCGUCGCCAACGGACCCCAAUCCUUUCAGCGAACGAUACCGCAUAAAAGACGAGGCAUUUGGUAACGUGCCGCGGUAUGAUGGCGUCCAGCAUCACACGGCCCACGCGCGAACCAGCAGUUACGGCGACGUGAAGUACUAG